AUGGGCGCCCGCUUCACGGCCCUGCUUCUCGUCGGGGCGGCGUCGCUGAUGAUCCUCGCCAGCUCCAUGUUCGGCAGCAGCAGCAGCGGGGCCGGCCGCAUCGUGCACGUGACAGAGCGCGGCGUGGCAGCGGCGCGGCAACAGCAGCUGGCUGCCACCGCCGCCGGCUCCCGGAGCCGGCUCACAAACCUCGCGGAGGCGGCGCCCGGUGGCGGCGGCGCUGCAGCGCCACCACUGGCUACCGCGACCGCGUCAGCCGCGUCGCCCGAGCGGCCGGCGGCCAGAGGUGCGCUGGACGGGUCUCUGGAGGCUGCGCUCCGCGUGGCGGUGCCCGGCGAGGCGCCCGGGUUCGUGAUGGCCUCGUUCGCCAACUCCGCGCUCAACGACCACCUCGUCAACUUUGUGCUCUGCGCGGUGCGCGCCCGCGCGCCGUUUGUGAUUGGCGCCGUCGACCAGGCCGCCUUCACGAUGCUCUCUGCGCGGCGAGACGCGCCGACGUACGUCACUCCGAUGGCCAAGGAGGGGGCGUCGCUCGACGGGUCGAACCAGCACUCGAGCGGCUCGUGGAAGCGCUUCGCCGGCAUGCGGACGGGCGAGGUGCUGCAGCUGCGCAUGCGGACGGGCGAGGUGCUGCGGAUGGUGCGGCUGGGCUACUCAGUGCUGCACACGGACAUCGACGUCGUCUGGCUCCGCUCGCCAGAGCCGUACCUCAUGUGCUCGGGGGAAGCGUCCCGGCCAGGCGGCGAGCACGGGCCGGGCUCUCGCUUCGAGUGCGGCCCGCUGCUCUCUGCCGACGUCGCCGUCUCGUCGGACAACAUGUCUCCCGGCAGAGACACGGAGGGCCGCGCCUUCGCCGAGGAGUGGCAUGCCAACGUGGUCUCGCCGCCGCCAGGCUCGCGGUGUCCCCCUUUGCGGCAGCGCUUCCGCGAGGCUGCGCUCUGGGCAGCCGACCCGCCUCCACGCCCCGAGGCUCGCUACCUCGCCCUCAACUUCUCGACGCCGCCGCUCGUCCAGACGAAGAUCGACAAGUACGGCCGCGCCAACGCGGCGAACAUCGACGUGCACAGCGCGGCGCUCAACGCGUGCGACCGGAUGUGGUCUGGCUCGGACGACAUCUUCCACUUUGGAUGCAUGUACCCCGGCUCGCAGGACGGCAAGUUCGUUCCCUUCGCCUGCCCGAUGGACCACGUCCUCUCGCCCGCCGCCUGGGCAAAGGCGGAGGUCGACUACCGCGACGCCGCCAUCCUCGACCAGCCGCAGCUGCGCGCGAGCGGUGCCGUCGUCGACGUCGGCCUCGAGCCGCGGCCGGGCUGGACGCGGAAGGCGGGCAGUCUGCCGCUCGGCACCAGCGCGGCGGAGGCGCGCGAGCUGCUGAAGCCGCUCGCGGCGACGCCGGUGCUGAGGCUGCCGCACGCGCGCGGGCUCCUCUGCUCCAUCGACGACGCCGCCGCUUUCAACUCGCUUGCCGACAAGCUGCUCCGCAUCCCGACGUGGUGCGCGAAGUGCUUCCAGCCGUGCAGCAAGGAGCUCGCCGGGUGGCUGCCCGCCGAGGAGAUCCGGCGCGGCGGGGGCUGGGACAAGAUGUCCUACUGCAUGAAGGUCGACGUGCCGCCCAAGUUCGACGCGGGCGGCGCGUGCUCGCUAAACGUGCAGCCGUGAGGGGAUGACGGGUCUCUGGAGUUUCGUGUUGAUCGUGGGUUUCACGAGCGCUGUGGUGUGCACAGGGGUAUGUGAUGCACACGUGCUGUUCAGGCUUAUCACCCAUUUUUGACAGCAGUAAAGUGAGAGC